AUGUCAACUAAAGGAGAACAUCAUACAGUUCCACUUUCUGUGUUGCUCAAGCGUGAGUCAGCUAAUGAAAAGAUAGACAAUCCUGAGCUUAUACACGGGCAGGCGAAUCAGAGCAAGAAAGGCGAGGAUUUUGCGCUUGUUAAAACAGAGUGCCAAAGGGUCAUGGGUGAUGGAGUUACCACCUUCUCAGUUUUUGGGCUUUUUGAUGGACACAAUGGUUCUGCAGCAGCUGUCUACACAAAGGAGAACCUCCUGAACAAUGUAUUAGCUGCGAUACCCUCUGAUCUCAACAGAGAUGAGUGGGUUGCGGCACUUCCUAGGGCUCUGGUUGCAGGAUUUGUUAAAACUGAUAAAGAUUUCCAGGAAAGAGCAAGGACGUCUGGAACGACUGUAACUUUUGUAAUAGUAGAAGGAUGGGUGGUGAGUGUUGCAUCUGUGGGUGACUCUCGUUGCAUACUCGAGCCUGCUGAGGGUGGUGUCUAUUAUUUAUCUGCUGAUCAUCGGCUUGAAAUAAACGAAGAAGAGCGAGAUCGUGUCACUGCAAGUGGUGGUGAAGUUGGUCGAUUAAAUACUGGUGGGGGUACUGAGAUUGGUCCUCUGAGAUGUUGGCCUGGUGGUCUUUGUCUCUCAAGAUCCAUUGGAGAUCUGGAUGUUGGCGAAUACAUUGUUCCAGUUCCUUACGUGAAGCAAGUCAAGCUGUCUUCAGCUGGUGGUCGACUUAUCAUCUCAAGUGAUGGUGUGUGGGAUGCAAUUAGUGCAGAGGAGGCUCUUGAUUGUUGCCGUGGCUUGCCACCUGAAACCUCCGCGGAGCAUAUUGUUAAAGAAGCUGUGGGGAAAAAGGGUCUCCGCGAUGACACAACCUGCAUCGUUGUUGACAUAUUACCAUUGGAAAAACCAGCUGCUUCGGUGCCGCCUCCGAAAAAGCAAGGAAAAGGAAUGCUAAAGUCCAUGUUCAAAAGAAAAUCUUCCGACUCGUCAUCUAACAUCGAGAAAGAGUACGCAGAGCCUGAUGUAGUUGAAGAACUCUUUGAAGAAGGCUCUGCUAUGCUCUCAGAGAGAUUAGACACAAAGUAUCCGCUUUGCAAUAUGUUUAAGCUGUUCAUGUGUGCUGUGUGCCAAGUAGAAGUGAAACCUGGAGAAGGCGUCUCGAUCCACGCGGGGUCGGCUAAUUGCCGUAAACUUCGUCCGUGGGAUGGUCCGUUCCUCUGCGCAACUUGCCAAGACAAGAAGGACGCAAUGGAAGGGAAAAGAUCAUCCGGAGAUAGACAUAGUAGUGAGAGCGACUAG